CGCAGACGUCGAUUAGCACUGAACAACUCCAGUUCAUCUACCUUUUCCAGAUUUCACAUCCUGUUCUCAUCGUAUCGAGGUCGUCGCAGGCAAUCAUCAUGUCUGACGCCGAUUUCGACACUGUGAGACGCCUGCAGGCAGAGCGCAACGCUCAGUCUGCCGGCAAGAAAGGUUCAAAGACCUUCGAUCCAUCCAGUCAACGCACUGACUCAUCCACCAAGGCGUCUUUGACUGAUAAUUUCGAUACCUCUCUGUACGAACGAGAUGGCUCUGACAAGUUCGCCGGCUACCACACCUCUCUACCUGUCGAUGGUGAGGACGAAGAUAUGCCAGACGCAACCGAGAGCCGAAGGCUGGUUGGACAGUACACCGCCACCAAAGAUCAGAUGAACGAGUUCGCAACGGGAAAUGGCGUGGAGGAAGAAGACAUCUUGCUUGGGCGUGAGAAAUCUGCCCGGAUAGCAGACCGUGAAACUGAUUAUCAGAAGCGAAGGUUUGAGCGAGGUCCUCUUACUCCUACCAGAGCCGAUCCAUUCGCUGCCAACAAACAUGCCGGCGUUACAGAUGGUGCCACGUAUCGGGAAGUCAUGCAGCUACAAGAGAUAGAGCGCGAGGAAGAGCGAGUGAAGAAACUCAUCGCCGAGAAGCAGGCAAACGGUGAUUCUGCGGUCGAGCAUAAACCAGCUCUCAAGGAGGAAGCCGACAAGGAGAAUGCUGAUGCUGGUUCGACAGUCGAAGCUACCGGCCGCAAGCGCAAGAAAAGGUGGGAUGUUUCCAGUGAGUCUACACCAGCUCCGGAUGGAACGGAGCCAAAGAAGCGAUCCAGAUGGGACCAGGCUCCUGCUCCAGAUGGCGCUCCGGCCCCUGCCAAACGCUCGCGAUGGGAUCAAGCGCCGGCUUUGACUGCGGCCACCCCAGUGGGAACCGCUGGUCUCGCUACGCCCAUGCACCCGUCCCAGGCUGCCCCCGUCAGUUUUGGUCCUGGAAGUGGUUCUUGGACAGAUGAGGAACUCGACAUGAUGCUCCCGUCCGAAGGCUACACGAUUCUGGAACCUCCUCCCGGCUAUGCUCCCAUCCGGCCGGUAGCCAGGAAGGUUGCAGCCACCCCGACAGCAUCUGCCAGUUCGACCGGCAUUGGUGGCUUCAUGAUGCAGGAGCCGGAGAACCCAAGGAUGAUGGGCAAACAACUUCCCACCGAAAUUCCCGGCGUGGGCGAUCUGCAGUUCUUCAAAGCUGAGGAUAUGGCCUAUUUCGGCAAGCUUGUUGACGGGGCAGAUGAGAACGCCAUGUCCGUGGAGGAACUGAAAGAGCGAAAGAUCAUGCGACUCUUGCUGAAGGUGAAAAAUGGAACGCCUCCUAUGCGGAAAACGGCCUUGCGACAAUUAACCGACAAUGCUCGACAAUUUGGUGCCGGCCCGUUGUUCAACCAAAUCUUGCCGUUACUCAUGGAGAAGUCUCUGGAGGAUCAAGAAAGACAUUUGCUUGUCAAGGUUAUUGACCGUGUGCUGUACAAGCUUGACGACUUGAUUCGACCAUACGUGCAUAAGAUAUUGGUCGUCAUCGAACCAUUGCUGAUUGACCAAGACUACUAUGCUCGGGUUGAAGGUCGCGAGAUCAUUUCCAAUCUGGCCAAAGCUGCUGGUUUGGCUCACAUGAUCAGCACGAUGAGACCGGAUAUCGACCAUGUGGAUGAGUACGUCCGAAACACAACCGCGAGAGCUUUUGCGGUGGUAGCUUCGGCAUUGGGAAUCCCCGCGUUGCUGCCUUUCUUGAGAGCAGUCUGUCGGAGCAAGAAAUCGUGGCAAGCCAGACAUACAGGUGUCAAAAUUGUCCAGCAAAUCCCCAUUCUCAUGGGGUGUGCGGUGCUGCCUCAUUUGAAGGGUCUAGUGGACUGCAUCGCCGAUAACCUGAGUGACGAACAGGCCAAAGUGAGAACGGUUACAGCGCUCGCAAUUGCUGCAUUGGCGGAGGCUGCAAAUCCUUACGGUAUCGAAAGCUUUGACGACAUUCUCAACCCCUUGUGGACAGGUGCUCGGAAACAGAGGGGUAAGGGAUUGGCUGCUUUCUUGAAAGCCGUGGGAUACAUUAUCCCGCUCAUGGAUGAAGAAUAUGCCAACUAUUAUACCAGUCAGAUCAUGGAAAUUCUUCUGCGGGAGUUCGCUUCACCCGAUGAGGAAAUGAAGAAAGUGGUUCUCAAAGUCAUUUCUCAAUGUGCAAGCACCGAUGGUGUUACCGCGGGGUACCUGAAGGAACAUGUCUUGCAGGAGUUCUUUAAGAGUUUCUGGGUCCGUCGAAUGGCACUGGACAAGAGAAACUAUCGUCAAGUGGUGGAGACGACAGUAGACCUGGGUCAAAAGGUUGGCGUUAGUGAAAUUGUUGAACGCAUUGUCAACAAUCUCAAGGAUGAGAGCGAAGCGUAUCGUAAGAUGACCGUCGAGACGAUCGAAAAGGUCAUUGCGUCUCUAGGUGCGGCAGACAUCGGAGAACGGCUGGAAGAAAGGCUGGUGGACGGCAUGUUGUUCGCGUUCCAGGAACAAAGCAUCGAGGACAUUGUCAUGCUUAACGGGUUCGGCACCGUCGUCAACGCCCUGGGGACUCGGUGCAAGCCAUAUCUCCCACAGAUCGUCAGUACCAUCCUUUGGCGACUCAACAACAAAUCUGCCACGGUCCGUCAACAAGCGGCGGAUCUCAUCUCCCGCAUCGCCAUGGUCAUGAAGCAAUGUGGCGAAGAUGCAUUGAUGGGCAAGCUCGGCAUUGUUCUGUACGAGUAUCUGGGCGAAGAAUACCCCGAAGUUCUUGGGUCCAUCCUCGGCGCGCUGAGAUCGAUUGUCACGGUGGUAGGUAUCAACCAGAUGCAACCGCCCAUCAAAGACCUCCUCCCUCGUCUGACGCCUAUCCUCCGAAAUCGACACGAAAAAGUGCAAGAAAACACAAUCGAUCUGGUCGGACGUAUUGCCGACCGAGGUCCCGAGUCGGUCAAUGCUCGAGAAUGGAUGCGCAUCUGUUUCGAGUUGCUCGACAUGCUCAAGGCGCACAAGAAGGGCAUCCGACGAGCCGCCAACAACACAUUUGGUUUCAUUGCGAAAGCCAUCGGACCUCAAGACGUGCUCGUGACGCUUCUCAACAACCUGCGCGUCCAGGAACGUCAGUCCCGCGUCUGCACUGCCGUGGCGAUCGGAAUUGUCGCCGAGACUUGUGCGCCGUUCACAGUGUUGCCGGCCUUGAUGAACGAAUACCGCGUGCCGGAGCUCAACGUGCAAAACGGCGUGUUGAAAUCCUUGUCUUUUCUAUUCGAAUAUAUCGGCGAAAUGGCCAAGGAUUACGUCUAUGCCGUGACCCCCUUGCUCGAAGACGCCCUCAUCGACCGCGACCAAGUGCACCGCCAAACGGCCGCCAGCGUUGUCAAACAUGUGGCUCUGGGCGUGGUUGGUCUUGGCUGCGAGGAUGCAAUGGUCCACCUGCUCAACCUGCUGUAUCCCAACUUGUUUGAGACCAGCCCCCACGUCAUCGAUCGGAUCAUCGAAGCUAUUGAGGCUAUCCGCAUGGCCGUCGGCACGGGGAUUGUCAUGAACUAUGUUUGGGCCGGUCUGUUUCAUCCAGCCCGCAAAGUCCGCACCCCGUAUUGGCGUCUCUACAAUGAUGCGUACGUCUAUAAUGCCGAUGCGAUCGUGCCUUAUUAUCCGAAUAUGAAGGAUCUGGGACUGCCCAGGGAUGAAUUGUAUAUCACUCUUUGAGAAAAGGAAAAAAAAAACCAAGGGAUUAGAGUGGGCUGCACGUGGUCCCGGAACUUAAAAAUGGGCCACUGCAUGGGAUGGAACGGAAUGGCGAGGGUGGACGGCCGUUGCUCUUGCUGAUAGUUGCCGAUUCAGGUUCGGUUUAACUUUUCGACGGAUCAUGGAGGUUCGGUGGGUGGUGGUGCAAUGCAGAUGCAGAGAACUUGCGUGACUCUGCGGGAUGGAGUCGAGGCACAAGUGUCAGGUGCAAUGCAGUCAAUGUUCUUCUCGCCUUUGUGUUUUAUAGGCAGGCGUUUCUCGUGAGGAAUGCAUUAAAUGCGAAUGGGAAUUUGGUGUGGAGGGCAGUGAGCCAGUCCUGGCCAAAAUGAAACGAUUAUUGUUCUUAUUUAUUAGGCAUUGCUUCAAUCGAUGCGAUGCGGUACGGUGCGAUGCGUGCUCAACCAGAGCAAACGAGUGCUAGCCAAACUUUGAAUGAAAUGUCUGAUAUCUCAUCCAA